AUGAACGACCGGCCGCAGCCGCCGCCGGAGGGGCUGCAGUCCAAGGAGGAGAUCGCGCGCAUAGUCACGGAGUCGCGCAAGGCCGGCACCGCGGCGUUCAACGGGCUGCAGGAGACGGAUGACUACAUCGACGACGCCAUGGACAGCUAUGAGGCCAGUUUGGACUACAACGAGUGA